CGGUUUACCAUUCGAGCGCGUUCGAAGCGCUGAGAAAAUCGCGCACGAAUCGCAUCGACAAAGAGAAAAGAAAAAACUCAAUUAAAAGUACGCGGCUUUUUCUCAAAUUUUUAAUAUAAAUUAUUAAAAUGCGACGGCUUUUGGUGUUUUUCACGUUGUAUGCUCUAUGAUAUGCCUUAUCAAUAGCAGCAACCGCACAGAAAAAAGGGUGAUAAGAUAAAAAGCGCAUAAUUAAAAGUCUUGCUGCAAAAGUUAAAUAUAUUGUAAAAUCGAAAAUGAAUUAAAGAAGAAGCUGUGGUAAUAAUAAAAGCACUCGCAUAAAUAAUGCGAUCAAAAUCAGUGACAAAGUGCACCGCUUGACACAAACCCAAUCGAGUAUACCGAACCGAACAUCUGAGAGAGUGAGAGUAAGAGAUCCAGAGAGAAAAACGACACCAUUCCCCAGAGUGGAGGAGAGCUCGGAACAGAUCCCAUCUGAGAUGCCCCCCGUUGGCAGAUCGGUCCGGCCAACAUUACGGGGACUGAGCCUCGGCCUGAGCCUGUGCCUGCUGCUGGUGGUGCUGCUGCCGAGUAGAGGACCUGCCCGGGCCUGGUUCUACGAUGUCGAAGCUGUGGGUGGCGUGGCCACCAUGGGACCGAGCUCCGACGAGCACAGCUUCAAGACACCCGAGACCAAGAACUCUCACAAGUCGCAGAUCACGGAGCUGGUGCAGCACUUCCCGAGCAUUCCCAUCCAUGCCAUGCCCAAUCACCACCAUGUGGCCCAUCGCCAGCUGGUGUUUGUGGCCCUGCUGCCUUCUGUGGAGUCGGACAACAAGAAUGACUGCAUAAUGCCAAAGGUGCUGCCCGUCCUAGAGCUGGGCAUUCGGCACAUCCAGCGGAUGGGAUUCGUCGGUGAUACCCACUUCGACAUCAAACUGAUUUCAAGAGACACAUUCUGCUCCUCGAAGUACGGACCGAUUGGCUUCUUCGAGAUCUACACCCAGUGGCCGGAGGUGAAUGCGGUUUUUGGACUUCCCUGCGAGUACGUAUUGGCUCCGAUCUCACGCUAUGCGGAUGUCUGGCAGGUCCCUGUACUCACCACCGGCGGCAAUGCCAAGGAGUUCAAUAAAAAGUCAGAGAGCUACUCCACACUCACCCGCCUCAAGGGCGCGCAGGUUAAUAAUCUGGGAAAUGUGGUGCGAGCCAUUCUCAACAGCUUCAAUUGGACGCGCACUGCUCUGAUCUACCAGAACGAGAACUCCAAGGUCAAAGGUAACUCUGUGUGCUUCCUGUGCCUGGCCGCCAUACACGACACCAUCGAAAAGCACUCGGUGUAUCAGCUGGGAUUCGAUACAACCACCUGGACCAAGGCGGACAUCACGCGAAUGCUAAAGAAUGUGGCCAUGCAGACGAGAAUUGUCAUUAUGUGCGCCGAUCCGCAGUCGAUACGUCAAAUUAUGCUGACAGCCGAGGAGUUGAAUAUGAUCGAUAGCGGCGAAUAUGUUUUCAUCAAUAUUGAGUUAUUUUCGCGGGUUCCCUAUCUGACGUCGCAGCCGUGGUACGAUAAGAACGAUACGGAUUUGAAUAAUGAGCGCGCCCAGAAGGCCUACACCGCCAUGCUGACCGUCACCCCCAAGCAGCCCAACGACAAUGAGUACACGCGGGUCUCCAAUGAGAUCAAAGCCAUUGCAGCCGACAAAUAUAAUUACACGUUCAGCGACAACGAACCGAUUUCGGCAUUCGUCACGUCCUUCUUCGAUGGGGUCCUGCUCUAUGCGAACGCCCUGAACGACAGCAUCCGCGAGGAUCCCAGCAUGCUGACCCGCCCCAUCAAUGGCACGGACAUGGUGCGUCGCAUGUGGAACCGCAGCUUCACGGGCAUCACCGGCAACGUGACCAUCGAUGCCAAUGGGGAUCGACUGUCGGCGUACUCCCUGCUCGAUAUGAAUCCCAAUACGGGUCGCUUUGAGAUUGUGGCCCACUUUCUGCACAAUCGAUUGGAGUUCGAGUCCAAUAAGGAAAUCCACUGGGCAGGGGAUCGCGAGGAGGCGCCAUCGGAUCGUCCCAGCUGUGGCUACGAUGGAGCUCUGUGUCCCGACAAUUCUCUUCCUGGCUAUGCCAUACUCUCGAUAGUUCUGGGCAGCAUGGUGAUCAUCAUGGCCGUGUGCUUUUUCUUUGGCUAUCGUCACUACAUCGCUGAGGCGGAGAUCAAUUCGAUGAGCUGGAAAGUCUCCUUGGAGGAUGUCAUGUUCCGGGAUGCCGCCGAGCGUGGCCUGCGCGGAUCCUUCCACUCGCUGGUGAAGCAGAGCUCGCAACUGACGCUGAUGUCCGAGGAUAUGGUGUCCAUAAACGGGGAUCGACAGAUCUUCAUACCCGUGGGCAUGUUCCGCAAGAGCAAGGUGGCCAUCAAGCCCAUCGAGGUGGACAAUGUGCAGGCGCUGCUCACGCGCAACCUCAUGCUCCAGCUGAAGCGAAUGAAGGACCUGCAGCACGAUCAUUUGGUGAAGUUUUACGGAGCGUGCCUGGACCAGAGGCGCAGCUUUCUGCUCACCGAGUACUGUCCAAAGGGUUCGCUGCAGGACAUACUGGAGAACGAGCAAUUCCAGCUGGACUGGAUGUUCAAGCUGUCCCUCAUGCACGACAUCGUCCGGGGCAUGCAGUUCCUGCACAGCUCCGACAUUCGCUCGCACGGCAAUCUCAAGUCCUCCAACUGCGUGGUGGACUCUCGCUUUGUCCUGAAGAUCACAGACUUUGGCCUCCACACGCUGCGACGUUCGCGCUACGACCUGGAGAGCGAUGGAGGCAAUUGCAACAGCCACGCCUACUGGAGCAACCUCCUUUGGACAGCGCCAGAGCUCUUGAGGCUCGAACACCACCGUGCCCCCGAGGGCACCCAGAAGGGCGAUGUCUAUGCCUUUGGCGUCAUUGUGCACGAGAUAACCACACGACAGGGCCCCUUCUUUCUCGGCAAGUGUGCGUAUGAGAAAUCGCCACAAGAGAUCAUCGAGCUGGUGAAGAACUAUCAUCCGUCCCGCAUGCAGAAGCCAUUCCGACCCGAUCUCGAACCCUUUGGCGACACCAAGGCCGACAUCAAUGGCAUCAUUCGACGCUGCUGGGCCGAGGAUCCCGCCGAGAGGCCAGACUUUAACACACUCAAGUCCAUGAUACGCAAGUUCAACAAGGAUAAUGAAACUGGCAACAUUGUGGACAAUCUGCUGAAGCGCAUGGAGCUGUAUGCCAAUAACCUGGAGGAGCUCGUGGAGGAGCGCACCCAGGACUACCACGAGGAGAAGAAGAAAUGCGAGAAGCUGCUGUACCAGCUGCUGCCGCAGAGUGUGGCCGCUCAGCUGAUCAGCGGGCAGCCCGUGGUGGCCGAGACCUUCGACCAGGUGACAAUCUACUUCAGUGACAUUGUGGGCUUUACGGCCAUCUCGGCGGAGAGCACACCCAUGCAGGUGGUGCAGUUCCUCAAUGAUCUGUACACCUGCUUCGACUCGAUUGUGGAGAACUUCGAUGUGUACAAGGUGGAGACGAUCGGGGAUGCGUACAUGGUGGUCUCCGGCCUGCCCAUUCGCAAUGGGAAUCAGCAUGCGAGGGAGAUAGCCCGCCUGGCGCUGGCCCUCCUGGAGGCAGUGCACAACUUCAGGAUCCACCAUCGGCCGGAGGAUCGGCUCAAGCUGAGGAUCGGCCUGCAUACGGGCGCCUGCGUAGCCGGCGUGGUGGGCCUGAAGAUGCCCCGCUACUGCCUCUUCGGGGACACCGUGAACACGGCCUCUCGCAUGGAGUCCAAUGGGGAGGCCCUGAAGAUCCACAUCAGCGAGACCACAAAGGUGGCCCUGGACGAGUUCGGCACCUUUGUGACGACCCGCCGCGGCUUUGUGCCCAUGAAGGGCAAGGGCGAAAUGCUCACCUACUGGCUGGAGGGAGAGGUGCCCAAGCCGAACGACCACCUCUCGCCCAGCAAGCUAAUGCUCUCCCGUCGAUCCUCCCUCAAGCAGCCGCAUCGCCAGAUCCAUUCACUCCACAAACAAUACUCAGAGCUGGCUGUGGCGGCGCCACCACAGCUGCCAGCGGCUGCCGCCGUGCCGAUUAUUGCGCUGCCGCCGCCCAAGGAGUGCUCGCCCAACCUCCGGGUGAAGCGCAAGAUCAGCUCCAGCUCGCCCAAGCUCAACGGCAGCAGCCUCGACUACCAAAAGACUGAGAACAACUACUAUCUGGAUGCGGAGGCCGCCCAGAAACCGUGCGACAUCUACAGCAGCCGCUCGCUGCGCGACAUGGAGGAGGCCAGCGACAGCUGGGAGCUGGCCCACUUCCGGCUGCCCCUGAGUGGAGCCCUCAAGAACCACAACAACAAUCACGGCCAUGUCCAAUCGAACUCGAACUCGAACUCCAAUCUGAGCGGCAUCCUGCAGCCGCCGCCAGCGUCCGGCCGCAGCCGGCUGAAGCCCUCGCCCACGAUCUCAACGCUGCUGACGAGCAGUCGCAGCGAAGCCAAUGCCAAUGCCAAUGCCAAUGCCAAUGCCUCUGGCUUGGACACGGGCAGCCUGGGCAGCUCACAGAGGAUCAAGUUUGCCGACAGCGGCGAGACCUCACUGCUAAUCGAGAAGCAGAAGCAGUUGCAGCCGUCGGCAAUUGCCAAACCCCUGGUGAUGGGCAGCAGUCCCCAGCGGAGUGCGAGCAGCUGCAGCAGCCAGAACAUUCCAACAGCCAACCUGGGAGCAGACACCACUGCUGUGGUGGGCAGCCACCACUAUGGCUACCUGGUGAAGAACUACAAGCAGCUGCUGUGCAAGCCGGUGACGGGUGCCUCGAAUAGCCACGGCCAUGGCCUGGCUGAUCCACAGGUGGCGGGUCGCGGAUCAGUGGGGGCCGGCAGUGCCGUGACACAGCCCCUGCUGGCCAAGAUCAACUCUUAGUUGUAAGCGGGGGUAGAGUGAACAGCCAUCCCCCCCAAAGCCCUAGGGCUCUACUCUACUCUCCUCGUAAUUAUAUGCAUAUUAUGUACAUGUACUUGUUUGUGAUAAUAAGUUAAACCCAAGUUGAACAACCAUCGACCUGGAUGGAGAUUAGUGAGAUGAAAAUCAAAUUCGAAAUUUGUAUGAGACUCUGCAGUGGAAGUGUUUGGCGUAGCUUUUAGUCCCCUUCUCCUUUCCUUUCCUUACUCGUAAGUAGCGAAUUUUAUCCAUAAAUCGUUGUAAAUAGGAUAGGCCCUCCCAUCCCGGAACCGAUCUGAUCUGUUCCUUGUGCUUUGAAUAUUCAUUUCUCCAACUCAACUCAGAAGACAAGUAAUUUAAACUGAAUGUAAUCUAGAAUCUAGCAACUAGAAACUAGCUGUUAAGUGUAGACAAAAUUAUGACAUUUUUUUCGUGUAUGUGUAAAGUAUUAAAGGAACAUGAAUAUUUAUUUGAGAAAUUUACGAAUAAAGAGGUUAUACCUUAUAAAUAGAA